CUGCCUCCGCCGGACUACCAUUCCCAGCGUGCACCGCGCCCGCCACCGCUGAUCCCGGUGGGGUCAGCGACCGGGACCGGGAGCGGUGGCGGGCGAGCUGGGACACGGACGCGGACAUGGCACGGUCUCAUUUCCUGCCAGGGACUGUUCCCCGGCGGCGCUGUCGCUCCCGCUGCCCGCCCGGGCCCGCUAGGCUGUGAGGGGCGCGGGGCAGGCCGGGAAGGGCGCGGGGCAGGCCGGGAGUGCCCGGCACUGGGCGCGGGGGCAGCGACACCGACACCGACAGCAGCACCGGCACCGGCACCGGCAGCGGCGGGAUGUGGUACGAGAUCCUGCCCGGCAUGGCCAUCAUGGGCGUCUGCCUCAGCAUCCCCGGCAUGGCCACCGUCUUCAUGCACCGUUUGUGUCACGGCGGCAAGGAGAAGAGGAUCGCCCGCUAUCCCUACGAGUGGACCCUGCUGGAAAGGGACCGGCGGCUGUCGGGUGUCAACAAGCACUACGUGUCCAAGGGUCUGGAGAACAUAAACUAAGGUGUCGACGCUUUGAAAAAUUCAUGUAUCUAUAGAAAAUGGUUUCAAUAAAGCUAUACAUGUGUUUGGCCCUUGUA